UGCCCCUAACCCCUAAAUAUUGUUUAAAGUUAAUUAGGGGGAAAUCUUAAUUUAAAUAGUGUGGUGUUUCUAACAAUGGUAAAAGAAGUAUAGCUGUCAUCUUAACUAAGGAAAGUCUUAUUAGUAGUCACUUGCAUACCUCUCCUAUCACUGCAAUAUCAGCUUUCUUUUAGUGUAGUAGUGCAAAUAAAUGCAUGCAUUUACUACAUCCUAAAGAGUUCAAAUCCAGUUUUUUGACCAGAUUAUUAGAUACCCCAUUCAAUUUUUUUUGGAGCUUUUUUCUCUGCAUCUGAAAAAGCUCAAAAUCUUUGGGAAUGGCUGGUGGUGGGGGGACAUCAAGGCAGCUUGAUCAAACACCCACUUGGGCUGUUGCUGGUGUUUGUGCACUCAUUGUUCUCAUUUCUAUUGCUUUAGAGAAGAUUAUCCACAAACUUGGCACUUGGCUCACAGACAGACAUAAGAGAGCUCUAUUUGAGGCUCUGGAAAAGAUUAAGGCUGAGUUGAUGGUUCUUGGUUUUAUCUCAUUAACCCUUGUAUUCAGCCAGUAUUAUAUUGCCGGAAUCUGUAUCCCCCCAAGUGUUGCUGACACAAUGCUGCCCUGCCCUGCUGCUGACAAAGGUGAUAAAAAGGAAAUCGAGGAACAUCGUCGGAGGCUUUUAUGGUACGAGCGCAGGAUUUUGGCUGGUGCAGAGCCUAAAUGCAAGGAUGGACGCGUCUCUCUCAUUUCUAUCGACGCACUGCAUCAAAUACACAUCCUUAUAUUCUUUUUGGCGGUCCUUCAUGUGAUAUACAGUGCUAUUACUAUGUGGCUGGGAAAACUUAAGAUUCGUGGCUGGAAAGGAUGGGAACAAGAGACCUCAACUCAUAACUAUGAGUUUUCAAAUGAUCCUUCAAGAUUUAGACUUACUCACGAGACAUCAUUUGUCAGAGCACAUACUAGUUUCUGGACCAACAUUCCAAUCUUCUUUUACAUUGGAUGUUUCUUCAGCCAAUUUUUCAGGUCCGUGAAUAGGUCAGAUUACUUGACCCUCCGCAAUGGUUUUAUCAGUGUUCAUUUGGCUCCUGGAAGUAAAUUUAACUUCCAAAAGUAUAUCAAAAGGUCAUUAGAGGAUGACUUCAAGGUAGUAGUUGGUGUCAGUCCAGUUUUGUGGGGAUCGUUUGUGGUUUUCUUGCUCCUAAAUGUUAGUGGGUGGCAUGCAUUGUUCUGGGCAUCCUUAAUUCCUCUGAUUAUCAUUUUAGCUGUUGGAACAAAGCUUCAGGCGGUGUUGACAAGAAUGGCUCUUGACAUCUCAGAGAGACAUGCCGUAGUCCAAGGCAUCCCUCUGGUACAAGCCUCAGACAAGUAUUUCUGGUUUGGCCGACCUCAGUUGGUUCUUCACCUCAUCCAUUUUGCCUUAUUUCAGAAUGCGUUCCAAAUAACAUAUUUCUUAUGGAUAUGGUACGAGUAUGGGCUAAAAUCUUGCUUCCAUGACAAGUUUGGUUUUGUCAUUGUGAAGAUUGCUUUGGGGGUGGGUGUUUUAUUCUUAUGCAGUUAUAUCACUCUUCCACUCUAUGCCCUUAUAACUCAGAUGGGGUCCAAUAUGAAGAGAUCCAUUUUUGAUGAACAAACCUCAAAGGCAUUAAAGAAGUGGCAUAUGGCCGUGAAGAAGAAGCAAGGAACUAAGGGAGACAAAUCCCCACGAACACUAGGUGGUGGAAGUCCGAGGUCCUCUGUGGGCUCGCCUCUACACUCGACUGGUCCUACGCUUCAUCGGUUUAAAACUACCGGUCACUCAACACGUUUCAAUGGCUAUGACGAUCUAGAAGCAUCUGACCUUGAGAACGAUCCAACUACACCGAUAAUCCGUGCAGAGGACAAGCCAACUACACAAGUUACUGAUGAUACUGAACUUCAAGUGCAUGUUCCUCAAAAUGGAGAAUCCUCCGGGAAUGAAGAUGACUUUUCAUUCGCGAAGCCUGCUCCUAAAAGAUGAAAAGGAAGCAGAAAACAAAUGCAUAUUGUAUCUGAAAUAGUGGUUUGCUUCUUCUCUCUUUAUCUUUUUGUGCUUAUAGAUUAAUGUCAUACAAAGUAGUUAGCAAUUCAUAGGGGAACAUAUACAUUAUUUAUUGUAUCUAUCGCUAUUGCUUGCCUCAUUACUACAGUUUUGUUCCGUUAUGAUAUUAUGAAAGGAAGCAAAUUUGGAUUGGGCAAUUCACAGAAUUGCCCUUUUUUUGGGGUGGUAUUUAAAUUUUGCCCCUCA